AUGCCCCGUCUGGGCGAUGGUAACCUGAUCCCUCUCCCUCCUUCAGGUUCGGUAUACGGCGGCGGCGGGUACUAUGAUGACGAGGACGAUGACAAUUACCCAUUUCCCAUCCAAAGAAGACCUCCAGGUGUCCCGAUCCCACGGCCGACGAUCAAUGGUAUCCAGCGAGACGUCCCACUGCCGGGCUUCUGGCCUGAUCCACACACACCCUACAACCUACCGGUCCGAUUCCCUACACCUCCGCCCGGAUCGACCCAUCAUAAGCAGAGCAUGAAGUUCACGCCGUGGAUUUUGAACCUCACGUCCGAGACACACAAGUGCGCCGAUCUCAACCUGUUUCGGCUGCCUAAACCGGAGCCCAGAGAACAACUGCCACCAAGGGGUGGUGACGGUAGUCGCGGCGGGAACGCCACCGCACGACGCGGCAGUCAACAACGUCGACAGCAACAGCCACAGGAUCAGCGAAGGCGGAGGAGAGGCACAGUGGUGCUCCCCAUCACGCCGGGUCCCAGGCGCCGGAUUGAAUUCGACGUCAGCGUGAUGACGCUCUCCAACGUCCUGUACACUCCCGGGGCGCAAUAUUCGGAGCUGAGCUGGAAACUCCUUGCGCAGCAGGGGUUUACGCGACACAUCCUGCACCACGACCACAUGCACGACGUGACGUACCUGUCCCCAGCCCGCCGACCGCCUGCAGGUGGUAUUGAAAUCGGCUGGCGCGGUGUCCGACGCCUUCCCCCUUCCACCUCCAGCUCGUCGAGACCCAGUCCUGCGCGGCGAAGCAAUAGGAGGUACCCAGACCCGCGUGGCCCGGCCCCGAACGACCGCUGCGGCCGUCUGGACAAGGAGUCCAGCGUGGUCCGUCACCGUGCCAUCCCCGGUGUUGACAUCCUGUGGACCGGUUACGACAAGUUCAUGGAUCCGCGCCACCCGCACGUGCACAUGACCGCGGCGGCCAUGGUGGACAUGCGGCUGUUCAGCUGGGGCAUCGAGAUGGGCGUCGUGGGCAAGAGCGCGGAUUUUCGCGGCGUGGUGGAGUGGAUUGGGCCACACGGAUACGGAGAUGGGGAUGGAUCCCCGAACGGCGAUGAGGAUCUGUUUCGCAAGAUUGUGCAGGGCGGGUUACGGGCCGGAGAGGAGUUGGGAGUCGUGCAGCCCAGUCGAGGGUAG